AUGGAACUGUCCGCUAUUGGUGAACAAGUGUUUGCCGUUGAAUCAAUAAUCAAGAAAAGAGUAAGACGGGGCCACGUGGAAUAUUUGCUGAAAUGGAAGGGGUGGCCCCCUAAGUACAGUACAUGGGAGCCAGAGGAACAUAUCCUGGACCCUCGGUUGGUUGUGGCCUAUGAGGAAAAAGAGCAGAGAGAAAGAGCAGUCGGCCACAGAAAGAGGGGCCCUAAACCCAAGAGGGUACUCUUACAGAAUAUUUACACGAUGGAUCUGCGAAGUGCACACAAAGUCACUGAAAAGCCCCCAACCCGCCUGCGUCUGUCACUCACACGUUCCUUAGAACCGGACGAUCAGAGGUUUCAGUCAGCGCAGGGAAAUUUGUAUCGCCGUUUAGCCCAGCACAAGAAAAAAAAGAGGAAGUCGCAGUUUGUGUGCAUCACCUCACCUCAGCAGGCCCUCCCGCCCGGCCGAGACCCCUCUGAGGAAGACUGGGAGGAGAGAGAGGAGGAUGAGGAAGAUGAAGAAGAUGAGCAGGACACAGAGGAAGAGGUUGGCACCAGUCAGGAGAGGACACAGGCAGCAGCAGAGAUAGAAAGAGACGUUAUAAACACGGCUUGGGGUUCGAUGAUUGGUUCAGAUGAAACGUCAGUAUCUCAGAGAACCGAGGACUGGAGUCCACUGAUGGAUCCUGGGGAAGUAACCGUGACAGAUGUCACCAUCAAUUCGCUGACGGUCACUUUUAGGGAGGCCCUAGUGGCGAAAGGUUUCUUCAGGAGCUGGGAACUAGAUUUCUAA